AAUAUGUCGCCGCUUCAGGGGUCCUUGAGCGGUGCAUGGUGCAACAUGUGUCGGACGCUUCCAGAAGCAGCUCCGCAGUUUGUUCUGAUCCAGCCCGCAGACAGCCGCUCCGACCCGGACCCGAGCUCCAGCUGCACCCCUGAACCCCGAGUGCAAGCGUGACGACCCCCGGAGAGUUUCCCGCCUCUGAGCCUGUCUUUGCCUCGCGCUGUCAGCGUCGACACGUUUUCUCACGUUUAUUUAGCCCGUUAGCCCAAAAUGCUGAGCGUCGCCAGGACCGUCUCAAGGACUCUCCCGACGGGGACCUGCACGGGGAACGUGUCCUCUUUGAUCAAAAAGGCGUGCUGGGGUGGCUUCCAAUCAGAUGCUCUCAGAGCUCUGUCCAGGAGAGACUAUGCGUCAGAAGCUGUCAAAGGUGCAGUCAUCGGCAUCGACCUGGGAACCACCAACUCGUGUGUCGCAGUCAUGGAGGGGAAACAGGCCAAGGUGUUGGAGAACGCAGAGGGAGCCAGGACGACUCCGUCAGUCAUCGCCUUUACAGCUGACGGUGAGCGUCUGGUGGGCAUGCCUGCUAAACGCCAGUCCGUCACCAACCCUCAGAACACACUGUACGCCACCAAGAGGCUGAUCGGACGUCGCUACGACGACCCCGAGGUCCAGAAGGACCUGAAGAACGUCCCCUUCAAGAUUGUACGUGCAUCCAACGGUGAUGCCUGGGUGGAGGCUCAUGGGAAAAUGUAUUCCCCCAGCCAGGCUGGAGCCUUCGUCCUGAUGAAGAUGAAGGAGACUGCAGAGAGCUACCUGGGAACCAAAGUGAAGAACGCUGUGGUCACUGUACCAGCCUACUUCAACGACUCUCAGAGACAGGCUACCAAAGACGCUGGUCAGAUCGCCGGUCUGAACGUCCUGCGUGUCAUCAAUGAGCCAACAGCUGCUGCUCUGGCCUACGGCCUGGACAAAACCCAGGAUAAGAUCAUCGCUGUGUACGAUCUGGGUGGAGGUACUUUUGAUAUCUCAGUCCUGGAGAUCCAGAAGGGAGUCUUUGAGGUGAAGUCCACCAAUGGUGACACCUUCCUGGGAGGAGAGGACUUCGACCAGCAUCUCCUCAAACACAUCGUCAAAGAGUUCAAGAGAGAGUCCGGAGUGGAUCUGACCAAAGACAACAUGGCACUUCAGAGAGUCCGGGAAGCUGCUGAGAAGGCCAAGUGUGAGCUGUCCUCUUCACUGCAGACUGACAUCAACCUUCCCUACCUGACCAUGGAUGCCUCCGGCCCCAAACAUCUCAACAUGAAGCUGACUCGCUCUCAGUUUGAAGGCAUCGUGGCCGACCUGAUCCGCCGCACCGUGGCCCCCUGCCAGAAGGCCAUGCAGGACGCCGAGGUGUCCAAGGGAGACAUCGGAGAGGUGCUGCUGGUUGGAGGCAUGUCUCGUAUGCCCAAGGUCCAGCAGACAGUCCAGGACCUGUUCGGCCGUGCUCCCAGCAAGUCUGUGAACCCUGAUGAGGCGGUUGCAAUAGGAGCAGCUAUCCAGGGUGGAGUUUUGGCCGGUGACGUCACCGACGUGCUGCUGCUGGACGUGACACCGCUGUCUCUGGGUAUUGAGACCCUGGGCGGAGUCUUCACCAAACUCAUCAACAGGAACACCACGAUCCCCACCAAGAAGAGUCAGGUCUUCUCCACAGCAGCUGAUGGGCAGACUCAGGUGGAGAUCAAGGUGUGUCAGGGAGAGAGAGAGAUGGCAGCAGACAACAAGGUCCUGGGUCAGUUCACCCUGGUAGGAAUCCCCCCCGCUCCCCGAGGUGUUCCUCAGAUCGAGGUUACCUUCGACAUCGACGCCAACGGCAUCGUCCACGUUUCCGCCAAGGACAAGGGCACAGGGCGCGAGCAGCAGAUCGUGAUCCAGUCAUCAGGAGGCCUCAGUAAAGAUGACAUUGAGAACAUGAUCAAGAAUGCUGAGAAGUACGCAGAGGAGGACAGGAGGAGGAAGGACCGCGUGGAGGCCGUCAACACGGCCGAGGGCAUCGUCCACGACACAGAAUCCAAGAUGGAGGAGUUCAAGGACCAGCUUCCUGCUGAUGAGUGCACCAAGCUGAAGGAGGAGAUCGCCAAGGUCAGGGAACUUCUGGCCAACAAGGACUCAGAAACAGGAGAGAACAUCAAACAGGCGGCCACCACCCUGCAGCAGUCGUCACUCAAACUCUUCGAAAUGGCCUACAAGAAGAUGGCAGCAGAGCGGGACAGCAGCAGCAGCAGCAGCAGCUCGGGCUCAUCAGAAGGAGAGAAGAAAGAAGGCCAGCAGUAGACCUUUGCACUUGGGCGUCACGUGGUUUCCAUGACAACACAGGACUGUCAGGCUCGGGGCGGACUGGGUCGGGGGAGGGUGUCAGUCUGGAGUGACAAGCUGAAUCUUAGUCAUUCUCACCGUAAUAUAUUAUUCUACUGUGUUUUGGCAGUAAAAUAGUGGCAAGAUAAAUGUGUAUGCUCCUCCACGUCCUCCCAUAUCUGUAAUUUAAUUGUCACAAACAUUGUCAUGUAUGUUUAUUUUUACAGAGCUGUUGAUUUUACAUUUACAUUCUGAGGUAGUUUUUGCUUGUUUGUGGCUCCAUCACUUUCUGUUUGUAUGUCGAGUUCAGAAGCUUGUGCACAGUUUGGACAGCCCUCCUCCGUCUACGUUACAUAAUAUUGUACAGUGCUCUCCAACAAUUCUAGCUAUCUUGUUUUAAUAGUGCGCUCAACAACUCGGAGGUGGGAAGUUGCCAUAGAAAAAAUAGUGAAGUAUAUUUGACACUUUGUCAGAAACUUGGCACCUCUCAGUUGUCUCGAGUCCACUCUAAAGACUUCUAAACUCAAACAGAACUGUAGUCCUGAGGUGAUUUUUUUCUUUAUUUCAUUUCAGUUGUGAAAACAAUUUAUCACUGAGAGGAACUCCUCUCACGUCCUGACAUUUAAACGGCUUGUUCAGGACACAGGACAUCAUUUUCCUUCAUAGUGAUUAAUGCCGGAAUCUAUAUAAAUGUCUGUGUGUGUGUGUGAGGAUGAGGUCAAGCUUCAGUUCAGUGGAUCAUUUAAAGUAGAGGGACAGAAGGCCUUGAUGUGUGAGAGUCUGAAUUCGUUACAGCCUCCUCUGGAGUGUUCAUGUUAAACAGAACUGACUGUAGUUCAACCGUGCUGUGUGAAAGUGGACAUCAAACUGCACAGUAGAGGAUGAGGCCUUAGUUUAGUUGUUUCAACAACAGGAUUUGGGAUGCAACAAACCAGCCAUUCCCCUCCAGAAGGAAGUUUAGUUGCUGCCAUAAACUGCUCUGUAAUGUGAUUGUUGCUGCGUGCCUGCCUCGUAGUGAUCAGGGAGCAAAGAGGUGGGCCGGAGGCAGAGGGCUGAACUCAUGUUCUGUUUUUGGUGUGUGAUUAUAUUUCUGGAAUGAAAACUGAGGCUCAUGAUAACUGUUGUCUUUUCUAAUAAAAAUAUCAAAUGUGA